CCAUUCAUCAAUCAACUUUAAAAUGGAGUUAAAAGGACGGGUGAUUGUGUACUCAAUCCUUGGAUGCCCCCAUUGCAUGCGGGCCAAGAACACGUUACAAGAGCUUGGUGUGCCAUAUACAGACAUUAGCUUAGAUAAAUUUCCACACGUGAGGGCUGAUGUGCAGUCAAGGACCCAGAGGCGAACAGUUCCGCAGAUUUUUUUUAACGAGAAACACAUCGGUGGGAAUGAUGAUCUGCAGACAUUGGUAAGUAACAAGGAAGACUUCGCUGCAGCCCUGGAGGUUUUGAAGACCACAUCCCCAGGGCCAGAUGCCCCUUCUAUACCAGACCCAAGCACAGCUGUGAAAUCUGCUGACCCAGGGGACUUUGUAUGUGAGCCUGAUGAGUAUGCUGAACUCGUUCAAGAUCUGAGAAAGUCAGGAAUCAUCAAAGAUCAUCGCUCUGGUCUCCUCCGCUCAUACAAAAACUCAUUCAGUGGGAAAGACUUUGUUGAUUGGGUCGUGAAAACGAAACAGCUUGACAGAGAAAGAGCUGUAGAAAUGGGUCAGGCUUUGAUUGACAAGCAUUUUGGUCAUCACGUGAAGGGUGGGGAGUUGUUCCAGGAUGCUGACAUAUACUACCGCCUACUGGAGGAUGAUGACACAUCUGCACUGAAUUCUGGGUCUUCAGAUUGUGACCCAAGAUCUGCUGGUGCACUGGGGGAAGAUAUUAGGAAGUUGAUCUUGAAAAUUUACAAUAGCUUCUUAUCAUCUGAUGGCAAGAAAGUUAACUACAAAGGUAUCGGUGAAAGCAGCGAGUUUGAACAGUACAUACAUCUCACAAAGGAGCUGGUGCGAGUGCAGAUAGUUGAGGCGUCGAGGGAGGAGAAGUUGGCAUUCUUCAUCAAUGUUUACAACGCUCUUGUGAUACACGCCAAUGUAACCAUGGGGCCCCCAGUGAAUCUCUGGCAGAGGUACAAGUUCUUUAACACAGUGCGGUAUAUAAUUGGAGGGUAUGAAUACUCGCUACAGGAUAUCGAGAAUGGAGUCCUAAGGGCCAAUAGAAAAGGAAUUGGCAUGUUCACAAGACCAUUUGGUUCCUCUGACCCUCGUAUAAAGGUGGCACUAACAGAACACGAGCCUUUGAUUCACUUUGCACUUGUUUGUGGGGCCAAAAGUUGCCCACCCAUAAAAACUUACUCUUCUGAGGGCAUCUAUGAGCAACUGAAGCUGGCUGCAGAGUCCUUUCUAGAGGGGGAUGAUGGCUGUCAGGUGGACAUGAGCAAAAAGACCAUUAAGUUGUCACAGAUCCUCAAAUGGUACAGUCUGGACUUUGGCAAGAACAAGGAGGAGGUGGUAGAAUGGGUUCACAAGCACAUGGCUGAGAGUGAGAAGAGGUCACAAGUUGGCGAGUUGCUGAGCAGCAAGAACUUCAAGCUUUCUCAUAUGCCUUAUGACUGGGGAAUCAACUCAUAAACUGUGAAC